AUGUUUGUGGGGCUGCUGGAGCUGGCUUGUCCUAGACGGCCAGUAAUUUUGCAUCUCCGGGGGCAGGACAGAUACUCAAGUGAGCAUCGCUGGAUCAGUUGCCCAGUUUCGACGAGAUACAGCGGGGCAGCUGUGCGAAGGAUCCCUCUGAAUCGUCUGUUAGUAGAGACUGAUUCGCCAUACCUGCGGGUACAGCGACAGUGGCAUAACACUCCAGCUUAUGUUGGAGAAGUUGCCCGGAAAGUUGCACAGAUCCGACAGACGACCCUUGAUGAAAUUCUCCAGGCCUCGCUGGAGAAUGGAAGGUUGCCUCUAUAA